AUGCCUAUUGCGACUGCCGUAUCAUCAAAUGUGACGCUCAAUAUCUCGGUCACCGAGACUUCGCGUAAUUUGUCCAAUUCAGAACCACUCGUAUGGUCGGCGGAUGCGACGUCUUCAAAGGGUGCCAUUGAAAUUGCUGAACCUGGCCCAUCAACCGAUGUCAACGAAUCUGCGCCCGCAAUACCACCAAUGACCACUUCAGAACCACUCGUAUGGUCAGCGGCUGCAACAUCUUCAAAAAAUGCAAUUGACAUUGCUGAAGCUGACCCAUCAACUGAUGUCAACGAAUCUGCGCCAGCAAUACCACCAAUGACCACUUCAGAACCACUCGUAUGGUCAGCGGCUGCAACAUCUUCAAAAAAUGCAAUUGAAAUUGCUGAAGCUGACCCAUCAACUGAUGUCAACGAAUCUGCGCCCGCAAUACCACCAAUGACCAAUUCAGAACCACCCGUAUGGAUAUUUCUUUGCUCCUGGUGCACGAUACGAUUGUUUUCCAAAAUUUGUUGGAUAAAGUAAGUCUUUCCACUUUGACUCGGACCCACGACCAAUAGCGAAAAUUUUUGGCGGAAAUUGAAUUCCGGAUAGGGCUUAGUAGUCAAAGACGCUCUUACUCUUGGUAUGGUUUUUGUUGGUUUUAGUACAGCACGUACGUACAUGUAGUGCCUUAAAUCAAUUUAACGAGGACAAACAAGGCAUUUAGGCUAGUAUCCACGUUGGAGAAGAAACACAAAGAAGCCGAGCGCUCAAGAGAAAACAGACUAAAACGAAAAAAUGAAUUUGAACAAUAGAAGGAGUUCUACCAGUAUGCUGUUGAGAACGACCUGUCGUUUGUGCUAAGUUUUGAAGCCAAACGGCAGCGCCGUCAACCACAGAAGCAAUCUGUACAAGAGCAGCAACAGCAGCAACAAACGGAGACGAAUGAUCUAUUAACGGUAGACGACAUUUUAGAUGUUGACCUGAGCCGUUGGGAAUGGUAA